UUAAAAAUUAAAAAUUUCAAUUAUUAUUUGUUGCUUCGUUCUGUCUUCACUGUCACUGUUUCUCUUUCAUUUCCCUUCCCAAACAAAGAAACACCAAACUCUUACAACUCAAAAAUCUCCCAUUUCAACUUUACUUUUACACACAGAAUAGAACAGCAGGUUAUGUUGAAUGUGAGUGAAACCCUCAGCAUUUUCUUCUAAACCAAACACUCACAGAUUGGAAAAAUUAUUUUAUUAUUUAAUCUUGUAAAUUUAAGCUCUUUCUAAAAUGCGGGAACGCCGGUGUUUCUUCAAGGUGUUAAGACCGAUCGGAAAUUUGCCGGCGAUUUAAUGGAAACUUCUACACUGUUAAGCGGUGCCGUUUUUGUCGUCUCAUGGAGGUGUUUUGCCAGUGUGGGAGUACUACUUCAUGUUCGCUCCCUAAGCUCAGAUUCGCCGUCGUUGUUUUCGAGAUUGCAAUAUUGAUAUUUUUAUGCUUUCAACCUGCUAAUGCUGACCAUCAAGAAGACCAUGUACAGUGGCAAGGCCAAGAAAGAGGAAGUGGAAAUAUCAUCUCACAUUCAUGUAUUCAUGACCAGAUAAUUGAACAGAGGAGACGACCUGGUAGAAAGGUGUACUCUGUUACCCCUCAGGUUUAUGAUCAUUCUGGUAUAUAUAAAUCCCUUCAUCAUAAAGGAAGGGCAUUGCUUGGAGUUUCAGAUUUCCAUGUGCAGCAAAAGGAUGUAAAGCAACCUGUUAGAAUUUUUUUAAAUUAUGAUGCUGUUGGCCAUUCUCUAGAUAGAGAUUGCAGAAAACUUGGUGACAUUGUCAAGCUUGGAGAACCUCCUGUGACUUCUCUUCCUGGGAAUCCUUCUUGCAGUCCUCACAGUGAUCCUCCAAUUCUCGGUGACUGCUGGUAUAACUGCACUUUGGAUGAUAUAUCUGGGGAGGAUAAAAGGCGUCGUCUUCAUAAGGCUUUGGGGCAGACGGCUGACUGGUUUAGGAGAGCACUUGCUGUUGAACCUGUGAAGGGAAACUUGCGGUUAAGUGGAUAUUCUGCUUGUGGGCAAGAUGGGGGAGUUCAACUUCCACGUGAAUAUGUGGAAGAGGGUGUGGCUGAUGCGGACUUAGUUUUGUUGGUAACUACAAGACCUACCACUGGUAACACUCUUGCAUGGGCAGUGGCAUGCGAACGUGAUCAAUGGGGCCGUGCAAUUGCUGGACAUGUAAAUGUCGCUCCUCGCCAUUUAACAGCUGAGGCUGAGACUUUACUUUCAGCCACUCUGAUUCAUGAGGUUAUGCACGUUCUUGGUUUUGAUCCCCAUGCCUUUGCCCACUUCAGGGAUGAGAGGAAAAGAAGGCGGGGUCAGGUUACUGAACAAGUCCUUGAUGAAAAACUUGGGCGGAUGGUAACUCGUGUUGUGCUUCCAAGGGUUGUCAUGCACUCCCGACAUCAUUAUGGGGCAUUCUCUGAGAAUUUUACUGGUUUAGAACUUGAAGAUGGGGGAGGACGUGGCACAUCAGGGUCACACUGGGAAAAAAGGCUUCUGAUGAAUGAGAUUAUGACAGGAUCUGUAGAUACACGGUCUGUAGUUUCAAAAAUGACACUGGCUUUAUUGGAGGAUAGUGGGUGGUACCAGGCUAAUUAUAGUAUGGCAGACCGUCUUGACUGGGGUCGAAAUCAAGGAACUGAGUUUGUUACCUCCCCUUGUAAUCUCUGGAAGGCUGCAUACCAUUGCAACACUACCCAGUUGUCUGGUUGUACAUACAACAGGGAGGCUGAGGGUUACUGCCCUAUUGUAAGUUAUAGUGGGGACCUCCCUCAGUGGGCUCGCUACUUUCCACAGCCAAAUAAAGGUGGACAGUCUUCAUUGGCUGAUUAUUGCACUUAUUUUGUGGCCUAUUCUGAUGGAUCAUGCACAGACACUAAUAGUGCAAGGGCGCCUGACAGAAUGUUGGGUGAAGUUCGAGGGAGUAGCUCCAGGUGUAUGGCUUCAUCAUUAGUACGCACCGGAUUCGUCCGUGGUUCUGUGACGCAAGGAAAUGGCUGUUAUCAGCACAGAUGUCUUAACAACUCUCUCGAGGUUGCCGUGGAUGGUAUUUGGAAAACAUGUCCACAAGCUGGUGGAACGGUGCAGUUUACUGGCUUUAAUGGUGAUCUAAUUUGCCCUGCUUACCAUGAACUUUGCAGUACUGGCUCUGUUUCUGUACUUGGGCAAUGCCCUAAUUCUUGUAAAUUUAAUGGGGACUGUAUUGAUGGAAAGUGCCACUGUUUCCUUGGAUUUCAUGGUCAUGAUUGCAGUAAACGCUCUUGCCCUGGUAAUUGCAAUGGGCGGGGUAUGUGCCUUUCAAAUGGGGUCUGUAAAUGUGAAAAUGGUUACGCUGGCAUUGACUGCUCGACUGCUGUAUGUGAUGAACAAUGCAGCCUUCACGGUGGGGUCUGUGACAAUGGAGUUUGUGAAUUCCGAUGCUCAGACUAUGCAGGCUAUACUUGUCAAAAUAGCUCGUCACUUCUCUCUAGUCUUUCAGUUUGCAGAAAUGUCCUUGAGAGCGAUAUUUCUGGACAACAUUGUGCACCCAGCGAACCAAGUAUCUUGCAGCAGCUAGAAGAGGUGGUUGUAAUGCCAAACUACCACCGAUUAUUCCCUGGUGGCGCUCGAAAGUUAUUUAACAUCUUUGGCAGUAGCUACUGCGACACAGUGGCGAAAAGACUAGCGUGCUGGAUCUCCAUCCAAAAAUGCGACAAGGAUGGCGAUGACAGGCUACGAGUAUGCCAUUCAGCAUGUCAGUCGUAUAAUUUAGCGUGUGGAGCAUCACUCGAUUGCUCAGAUCAAACCCUGUUUAGCAGUGAAGAGGAAGGUGAGGGUCAGUGUACGGGGUCUGUAGAGACGAAAGUUACAUGGUUGAAUCGUCUGGGGAUUAGGUUCUAUUCUAGCAAUAGUUCGUCGAAAGGGACGUCUGUAAAAUAUAGGCAGUUGUAGUUUUUCUUUUUCCGCCGUUUUUUUACCUACCCUUCAUAAUUAUUUUGGGUUGUAAUAUUUCUAGGGCUCCAUUUUAGGAAGUAGCGCGUAGCGGGGACGUGCCUUAGAUGUAGAUGGUGGUUGUCCUUAGCGAUCCAUGAUAUAUCAUUUGAGAAAUUUGGGUGGGAGUGGGUUUUCAAAGAAGAAAGCCCCUUUGUAGAGAAUUGAAAAUGUAUGCAAAAUUUGAAAAAAGAGCUUUGUUAUAUUAUCAGAGGUACGGCCGAAGGCCUUUAAAGAAA